UUUUGACUACAGGCGUCUUCAUAGCGUUUACAUGUGGUGGGACCACCGUGUGUGUAACGUCAAGGUUUGUCAAAAGGCAGUAGGCAAGUCAAUCGAUAAAGUUGUGGACUAUAACUGACAAAAUUUAAACGUGGGCUCCGGGUUCAAACCCAGCUUCAACUACUUCGGCCUAGACAACCGCGUAGUUAUCUAUAGCUGUUAUAUAGUAAUUAGUUAAAUCAAAUGCCUUGCAGAAAUGCUACUCAUUCUACUCAUACUUCACUAAAAUCAUACGGAGCAAAGUAUUAUACAUAUAUUUCACUGAAGUAUAUCUUCGGAGAUUCAAACUCAACCAUUGUAUUCACACAAGCCAUGAUAUAGUGGUUUUGCAGUUGGAAAACAAGCUGAUAGAAGAAUUAGAUGCAUUUAUGUCAGACGAAAACGACACUUGAACCAGGUCAGUCAUCACAAACCUUUGAAACUCAAUGCAUUCGUAGUACCCCACUAUCAUGUGACGACAUAGUGCGCAACACAGACAGCCUUGGCAAAUCUGGAACUAGCAGUUUCUUGGAAUUUCCUAAAACAGCCUGUCCUAGUCAUCUAAAUACUGAUACUAGUGAUUCGAUUCAUGAAGUGCAUAAACUUUUAAAUCCAGGUCAUUUUUCCACCCCACAGUCAAACAAUCAAAGUCAACCAUCCUCGAACGAAAACAACGAACAAUCCGAUGGCAGUAGGAAAUUGGUUGGUUCUGAAAGUCGGAUGAGCAAUUCAACUUUACAGUGUAUGGAUAACUAUUACGAUGAUGACGAUGAUGAUGAUGACGCCUUGCUAGUAAAAGAGUUCAAUCAAGAACACACAGGGUUUGAGUGUAGUUCGGGUGAUUGUGGAUCAGGAGAUUAUGACGUUGGCACAUUUGGACUGAUAUCAGUUGAUAACAGAAUUACUAAAGAAGAGUUUCUCCCCCUUUUCGCGCGUUAUCGUCCAUCUCCUCCUCCUCCACUUUCACGAGGACAACUAUUAUUCACUCCUAACCAGUCGUCUGAGCCUUCGGAAAGAACUGAACAACCCUCAAGAUUCAUCAACUCAGAAUAUCUGGCUUCGCAGGUAAAGGGAUAUUCUCAGCUUCAGACGAAUGACUUAGAAGGUACUACCGAUGAUUUUAAUUCAUCUAGUCACAGGUGGCUAUCGGAAGAUGAAACUUGUGAUAUUAACCCUACCUUGUACCAUCGUGUUGUGGAAGAACCUUCACCUUUCAUUGGUUUAUCUACAGCAUUGUCUCCUACUGCACUCACAAUGGACGCUGGUGUUAUAACUUCCUCAUCCCUUUCUCUAUCCUCAGCUCUAUCUAGAGUAGCUGCAGACGACCAAGUUUCACUGCCACUGACAGCAUCAUCCAGUACAAGAAAUAGUGCCAGUACUAAUCCUGUUAACAGCCCACCUUUGCAAGCAUUAACAGGGACGACGACAUGUGCUCCAUCAAAUCAACCUAUUUCAGAUGAGCAAGAAGUUUCAGUUGCAUGCGUUUCUGAUGCAUUGAUCCUACCCAUUGCCAAAUCGGCAGUACAUUCUUAUAUUACAGAUGAUCCAUCUAUCAGUGCUCGCCAAAGGCUAAUGGGAGCUUCUGCAGCUGCAGCUAUUUUGGCUGCAUCUGCAUAUGCUGCACAUAACUACCCAACGAAAAUUAACAGCUAUAGAGAUAUGAUUAAUGUGAAGGGGCAAGAUGUUCACUUGCGUCAGUUACCAGUGCAUUCUUCACUAAUUGGUGAUCUAUAUCCAAGUUCAUCACUUUUGCAAGUCCAGUCGAAUCCCCGAUUAUCUUUAUCUUCACUCAAACACCGUGAUCCUUGGUCUAUACCUCUGAGAAAAAUGUCAGUGAAUCUAAUUCAGACAUAUAAGCACAUAAACGAGGUUUACUAUCGUAAAAAGCGACGCCUCCGGGAACAGCAGCGCCAGGCAAAUGAAGCUAAUGCUUCAGUUUCCGAUACUCCAUUUUAUAAAGUUUGUUCACCUGAACAGAAUCUGCCGUCUAAUAACCACGUGGAUUCACUUUGGAGAAUGUCAAAUAACAGUGAAGCACACCCAAUGUAUGAUCAUGGGAAUACGGACAGUAGUACUAGAACUACAGAGCACCAGUUACUUAGUUCAACUGUUUUAACUCAACAGAGUCCAGCAACUUUUAGCAAUCCCGCAAAUAUACAUAUAAAUUACAAUGUAGGUUCAGCUGUUCAAUCACAAACUUUUCCUUGCAAUCAUUCUAUCGUGUCUUCCAAAAACUCACCUUAUCCUCGACAUCCAACAUUACCGAAUGUAUCUCGAGUAGAUUCUGAUCAAACAGUUCAGUCUUACCUGUAUAAUGCAACUACCCUAAAUGGCGUAACAAAUCGCUUUUCGACACUUGGUAUUUCGGGUUCUGUCUAUGAUAUAGGCAAUUCAGAAGUAGAUACAAGUCUAGCACCUACUGGUCUCGGUAAUGUUUGGCUACCAGCAAGUAAUACCGGCUCAACUGUUUUGAAGGCAAUUCAGUCUACAUCGCAUAUUUCCAAACCACUCCCGUUGGGAAGCGGGAAGUCAUUGAUAAGUGAUCAGAGAGAUUUAUAUAUUUCAUCUGACCAGAAAUUUAUUGAACCACAACCAAUACAUUUUCAACACUUAUUGCCAUACCAGUCUGUCUUAUCAUCACAAACAGCGUUUCCGAAUUACAUGGAACAAAAUCCAGUAUCUCUGGACAGCAAUAUGCAUCCCAGUAUUUCGUCACAAAUCCCAUUAUGUCUACUGUCAGCAACAGAGGGUAGGAAUGUAAAUGUCGACACAACUGGUGGAUUUUAUCAAAACCAAUUCGAUGUAAAUAUAAAACCAGUCCACUCGCAUCAUUCAAUUUCUCUGCCUGUUGGAAAUGUCAAUUCAACUAACUGUACACACAACAAUAGUUUAAUGUCUUCAGCUUGUUAUUAUAAUUUAACACCGUUCGAUCCAAUGUCACCAACCAACAGUCGAAUACCUAGUGUCUUUUUGAAUACACAACAACACACAACAAACAUCCGUUCUGUGAGCCAUAACCAAAAUGAAUUUGUCUCAAAUUCUACAAAUUCACCCCUUUAUAUGUGUGGUUUUCGUCAACGGUUGGAUCUCACAUCUGGAAGUCAGGAUAUUUCACAAAAUAUACGAACAUCAUCACAUGAUAAUACUUCUGAAGCAGUUGACCCUAGUUGUUCUGCCAGCCCACUUUUACCUUGCUUUUAUCUUAGUCAUGCGGCUAGUCUAGCCCCAGUUGCUUUAACCCCAUCUUCCACUAACACCUGCAUUCCAAGACCCCAUGAAAGUAAUAUAAAUCAACCGUGUCUUAAUAGUGCGUCAACUAAUGAACUGAUGCACCCUACUUCCUAUUCACAAAUUCCUUUUGGUAAUAGUUUAUCAAAACCUACAAAUGUCACAUACGUAAAUCAGCCGAUGUUUUAUAACUCAGUGUUGUCAAAUCAGUUUGCUCAUCGUCCUGGUUUAAAUCAAAUAGUCCCUAAAGUCAUGACCACAAAUUCGGUCAUUCCAGAGACUUCAACAGCAGUCUUAUCAACAGUUAGUGGAGCUGUACAGCAGUCGUCUAUGCCAUCUGGUUCAAGUAAAAAUGGUAUUCUGAAUACUACUCAACAUAUAGAUCGUCGUCAUACGGACAGCAAUUAUGACUACAUUGUUAGACCUGGCGAAGUAUGGAUGGGACAGUAUUUGAUUAACAGUCUUAUUGGGAAAGGAUCUUUUGGUCAGGUGAUGAAAGCUCAUGAUUGCAUUUCAAAUGAAGAUGUGGCUAUUAAAAUAAUCAAAAAUAAACGUGCAUUCACUAAUCAAGCUCAGGUAGAAAUUCGGCUGCUGCGUGAGAUGAAUCAUUACGUCGAAGAAGCUGCAGCAGCUGGGAAGGAACCACCACCAGGAUCUAAUUUGAUUGUUCGUUUACUCACUCAUUUCACGUUCAGAGGUCACCUGUGUUUAGUAUUCGAAUUACUAUCCUACAAUUUAUACGACUUAUUAAGAAAUACAAAUUUUCAUGGUGUCUCCUUGGGGUUAACAAGAAAAUUUGCUCAACAACUAUGCUGUGCCCUAGAUUUCUUAUCUAGACCAGAGUUACAAAUUAUACAUUGUGAUUUAAAACCAGAGAAUAUUUUACUGGUUAAUCCUAAGCGUUCUACUAUAAAACUGGUGGACUUUGGAAGUUCUUGUCAUAUGAAUGAAAAAAUCUACCAGUAUAUCCAAUCCCGUUAUUAUCGUUCACCUGAUGUUCUCCUAGGCUUGGAUUAUACAAUGAGUAUUGAUAUGUGGUCGUUAGGAUGUAUCCUUGUUGAACUACACACUGGGGAACCGUUGUUUGCUGGACAAAAUGAGGUUGGACAAAUGAUGAAAAUUAUAGAAGUUCUAGGUAUGCCCCCUCGAUUGUUACUCGAAAAAAGUCGGCGUUGGCAUGUAUUUUUCGGACGAACAGUUGAUCGGACUUAUGUGCCUAAAGCUGCUUGUCAACAACCAGGUAGCCGGCGUCUUUCCGAAAUCUUAGGCGUCAAUACUGGUGGUCCACGUGGCAGACGUUUGCAUGAAUCUGGUCAUACUCCUAUGGAUUACAGCAUUUUCUUGGAAUUUGUACUUCGGAUGCUGACUUUCGAUCCAGUUCGACGCAUUAGCCCAGCUGCAGCCUUAGCUCACCGGUUUUUUCGACGUCCGAAUACUAAUAAUGUUUGUGGAAACUCACCACAUUCAGGUCAAUCUGAAUCAAACUCAAAUGCUCCAGUUUUAGUCUGUCCACCUCCAAAUCGAUGGGCUAAUUUCAUUGAUAACACAACAUCCAAUCUAGUGCAUACUCAUUUAAGUAAUUUACGAACGCCUGGAAAUCUCGGUGUUGGACUAGUCAGUCAUCCGAAUGAAGUUUUAGAACAUAUACGAAUACAAAAUCAAGCAUUGCGAACUGCAGUUACUGGAUCUGUUAUGGUAUCACAGCCUCGUUCAAUCCCAGUCAUAUCUAAUGAUGCUAUCAUAGCGCAAAUUAGUGAACCGCUUUCACCUCUUAUUUAUGGAUCUCAUGGACCGUUCCAUGUUCAUUCUAAUGCAGGCCCACUACCUCUUCAGAUUUCCCGUGUGCAUCCAGCUCAUCUUGUGCAGAGUCUUCAUUCAAUCCCAAUGGUUAACCAACCGCAUACUAUGCCAAACACAACUGUCUCAACCACACUCACUGAUUCAACCCGAUUGCACCAUCCUUAUUUUAUAGAAUCUGGGAUGUAUGCUUAUCCUCAACAACCUAUGCAAUUAACGUGGAUUGGUGGUUUAGGUGAACAUAAUUCAACUACUUCCAGUGCACAUCUUGCAUCUCCUGACUUAUUGAACGUAGCCUCUGCUUCUCCUGGGGUUUGGCGUUGAAUUAUUAUCUGAACUACAAGACCCUACAUUUUCAUGUUUGCUCAUGUUUUCAAGUCUCUCACUAAUUCCUUUUCGCUUCAAAUAGCCGUUCUGUGAUCCCAAGUCUUAUGUUAAUAACCGAAUCUAUGCAUUAAUUCAGUUUUUACUCAUGUAUAUAUAUGCAAAUGCAUAUAUGUAGUUAUACUUAGCUCUGUUGAUAUGGUCACACUUUAAAAUCUCCUACCGGUUUUUAGUGUACAGUCACUGUUGUCCGUUCCAUUUGUGUUCUAUAUUUCCGUUGGGCUCUUGAAAAAGUUAUCCUUGUGUAUUUGGUAUUAUUUUUUUCAUAGCCAUUCUCAUACACUCUUGAGCUGUGAUUUUACUGUAACGCACAUCAAACUAAACAAUACGAUUACCCGCAAUCUAAACAAAAGCACUAUCCCCUUAUUUUCACUUUCUGUCAGCAUGCCUUUCAGCACCAUUUUCAUGACCUAUGCACAGCGUAUUUAGCUGCGAGCAAUUUUUAGGUUAUGACUCUGAAUAUCACUUGUAAACGGUUGGUAUGCUGAAGACUAACACUUAGUAAGCAUUAAUUUACCUGAAUCAAUUUCAUCUUUCUAUUUCUCUGCAACUUAUCACAUAGUAUGGUAUGUAUGUAUCUGUAUACUUGCGUAUUUUAUGAAGGGUCUGAAGUAGAACAUUCUAUUUCAGUACUCUCAAAUCUCUAUAAUUGCUUGUAUUCUGUAUUAUUUAUGUCUUAGUUGUGCUCUGUGCUUAACUCAGUCGGUUAUUUGAUCCAUCGUUUCUUGUUUUGUUCUCCUUCUUCUGAUUUUGUUGUUAUCAGUACUAAAGCACACACACACAUAUGCGUUAAUCAUCCACAUUCCUGUUGCGAAAAAAAACUAGAUCUCUUAAAACAAAAAGCAACACUUUCGUGAUAUGUAUCUUCUCUCUGCUCAUCAUCCUCCAUCUCCCUUAUUCCCUGUUGUGUAUAUCCUUUAAAUCUGCUUCCCAUUUUCUUGAAUUACUUUCCAUCUAAUGAUAUAUAUGUACGGGAGUACUAGUUGAUUUUUGUGCAUGAUAAAAAAAGAAAUGCUUUUACUUGUGGUGAUUUUCUUACAUUGCUAUUUCUAAUUAUUAUUCUUAUCAUAAAAUAAUGUUGUUCUUUCCUUGCAAACUUACUAAAGUAUCCCUUUUAUUAAGCUGCUAAUUAUUUCCACUAUCUAGAUGUAAUGGUCGGGCUUAUAUACCACUGUAACCUAACGAGUUAUGCCCGUGAAGCGCUUUCUCUCUCGAGUUUCUAUUAAUCCAGUAAGUAUAUUGGAUGGAC